GCCGAAGAUGUUAGUAACUAAAGAUGAAAUGCUCCCUGAACAGCAGGACUUGAAUCUGAUUGUUGACCAGAAGGUUAUUAAAGAGGAACAAGAGGAACUCUGGACAAGACAAGAGGGACAGCAGCUUUACCAAGUGGAAGAAGCUGAUAUCACCAAGUUACCUUUCACUGUCUUUGUGAAGAGUGAAAAUGGUGACCAAAGCCAAACGGAGAACACUGAGGCAGAACCUCUAACAAGCACCUCAAACAUAGCACAUAGAACACUGACAGCAAAAGCUGAUGCAGAGGACUAUAGAGGAUCACAACCAGGCAGUAACUCUGGUUUGUAUAGAUGUUUACAAUCAGAUACUCAGUGCAAAUAUUCAGACAGUUCUGGAACUGAGGCUAAUGAUAAUUGUGAUGUGAAGCACACCAGAAAACUUUGUUCAGGUGUUAACUGCCUGAAAAACUGUGAUACCUUUUUUGAUGACAUCAGGUGUAAUUUCUCAAAAUUUGGAAAAGCACCGAUUCACGUCACCUUUUCAAAACAACAGAGGACAAUUCAAGCAAGUGAGAAACAUAUUAGCCAUUCUGAUUGGGAUAAAAGAUUGAGAAGGAAGGGCUGUUUGACCAAAAAAAGGAAAUGUUUGAAAGGAAAAGGACUGAAAAUGUUUGACUGCUUUCAGUGUGGUAAAAGAUGUCGUGUAAAAACCCAUUUUAACACCCACAUGAAAAGUAAUACAGGAGCGAAACAAUUUGGCUGUUCUGAGUGUGGUAAAACAUUUAUACAAAAAAUUCAUUUGUACACCCACAUGAGAAUUCAUACAGGAGAAAAACCAUUUAGCUGUUCUUUGUGUGGUAAAAGAUUUCAGCAAAAAGCCAAUCUAAGUAGACACAUGAUAACUCAUACAGGAGAGAAACUAUUUGGCUGCUCUGAGUGUGGUAAAAGAUACAGUCAAAAAGGCAGUUUGACCAGACACAUGAGAGUUCAUACAGGAGAGAAACUGUUUGGCUGUCCCGGGUGUGGUAAACGAUUUAGUCAAAAAUGGCUUUUGGGCAGCCACAUGAGAAUUCAUACAGGAGAGAAAUCAUUUAGCUGUUCUGAAUGUGGGAAAAGAUAUCAAAAUAAAACAUAUCUGAACAUUCACAUGAGAAUUCAUACGGGAGACAAACCAUUUGUCUGUUCUGAGUGUAGUAAAAGAUUUAGAGAAAAAGCCCAUUUGGACAGCCACAUGAGAAUUCACACAGGAGACAAACCAUUUGUCUGUUCUGAGUGUAGUAAAAGAUUUAGAGAAAAAGCUUAUUUAAGCAGCCACAUGAGAAUUCAUACAGGAGAGAAACCAUUUGGCUGUUCUGAGUGUAGUAAAACAUUCGGAGAAAGACGAUUUGGAGAUAAAAGCAGUCUGAAUAGACACAUGAGAAUACAUGGAGAAGAGAAAGAGGAAGCUAUAUCACAGGAGGUGCAAUAA